AAGAGUAUUCCUCAACAGACUUCACCUUAUGGUUCCUGUGGUCAUGGUGGGUGUUUCUGUGCACCAGGAAUUCCAGGCAUCCCAGGAAGCCCUGGACCUGCGGGACCAGCAGGUGUCGCGGGAUCACCCGGUAAUCAUGGACCCGAAGGACCCAUGGGCCCACGAGGAAACAAAGGUGAUGAAGGAGCCCAUGGAAGACUGGGAGCACCAGGCCUCAAAGGAGUUAAAGGACCUGCAGGCCCGGCAGGUCCACGUGGGGACAAAGGUGAAGCAGGUUCAGCUGGUUCCCCUGGAAACAAGGGUGAUACAGGUGCUCGUGGAAGUCAAGGUCUCCUAGGUCCAAAGGGUGCUCCAGGAUCAUUUGGUCGUAAUUGGAAACACUGCGUUUUUAAGAAUCUGAAUGAUGGAAGGGACUCUGGAUUGAUUAAGGUAACUGCUGAUUUGGUUGUGCUAGUUUCUAUAAAUCAAGCCAAAGCAAAAUAAGAAGUCUGGCUUUGAAAUUUGCGUAAUUGCUUGUAAAGCUCAUUGGUUAAGUUCUUUCAGGAAAAGAUGCGUGUUUCUAAACUUGUACGAGAUAUACUAUUCAUGGAAUGAUACGAAAUGCAGCAAAAAAGGUCCAACUUCAAGAUCAGUUUAAGAUAUACGUAUAUCUUUUGGUCUGAAUUUGAGUGAACUACGUCAUGGCCUUCUAUACUACUUAAUUGUUCCCAAGGUCCAAGCUAUCUUGUACAGUUAAGGGUAAAAUCAUUACAAAACUAGAAUAACCAGCUAUAGCCCAGUAAAGAGUGAGAGGAGCUCCAGCAAUCCUCUUUGCAAAAAUGAGUUUUCUUGUUCAUCCAUGGUGAAAAUGUUUCCAGGGAGAAAUUUCUUACUGAUACAGCGAGUGAUAUACACGGCUUUCAGAUCCGUUUUUCCUGACUGUCAUGAAUCAAUUAAACGCGCAUGUUUAAUUUCGGUUCACCUAGUUCAGAUCUUUCUUCUUCUGACGAUUUUAAAGGAAUGCAUUUUCAAGAAAACAUCAGAUACCACUGGAUUGCGGGUCUUCUGGAAUGGAAAUCUUCGUCUCCAUAACUGCCAUGAUUGCUGCAGGAGAUGGUAUUUCACUUUCAACGGUGCUGAGUGUUCAGCACCAGCAGCCACUGACGGUAUAGUCUACAUGGUAUAUGGAAACAGCGCCAAAAAGAAUCUGCACCGUGUACGUCACAUUGAAGGAGUCUGUGAGAAAAUCCACAAGGGUACUGUUCGCGUGGGAUUCUGGGUGGGCAAUUGUGCCAGAUUAGGAUCUGCUGAUGCUGAGACAGGUUGGAACUCAGUUUCCCGGAUGUACGUGGAAGAAGUACCUCCCCCACAGGCUUAA